CAAAAAAUAGGUCUAGUGAUAUCCUCAACUCAACUAAAUUCAUGUCAUAUUUUGAAAAGGACGGAAUUGCCCUCGCAUAUAAAAUGGUAGUCGCAAAUCCCAACCCUCUUAACUCACUCUCAAUUGCUCGUGCUGCGGCCCCACUUGUUUCGGACACUGGCCACUUCGCCUCCUCAAAGUCAGCGGCGGCGACGCCAAUCUCUCCCUACGCCGCCGCCUCCGACUGUUUCAAGGCAAGGAGAUAGGCAUUUUUGUCGAGAGAAAAGAAGAAGAAGAAAAGCAUCAAUUUUUUUGGGUUCUUGAAGUAGGAGCUAGUUAUUGCUCAAGAUUUUGAUGGAUUAUGAGAUAAAUGGUGAUGUAAAUGGCGAAGUAGUAGGAAGUUCUACUAAUUAUGAAGGAAGAACAGAUGAUGACGAUACAAUUGUCGGGAGUUCUGCUGACGGGGUGCUCCAGCACGGACUAGAUAUUAAAGUGGACGAAGAUUCCUCCGAGAGGGAUUUGUUUCAACUGGAUGAAUUGCAGGAUGUUAAUUGCGUCACUCCUAUUGAUGAACCAUAUGUGGGCCAAGAGUUUGAGUCUGAAGCUGCAGCACAUGCUUUUUAUAACUCAUAUGCGACAAGAGUUGGUUUUGUCAUCCGUGUCAGCAAGCUUUCUCGAUCAAGGCGUGAUGGAACUGCCAUUGGUCGGGCACUGGUUUGCAACAAAGAGGGCUUCAGGAUGCCUGACAAACGAGAGAAGAUCGUACGCCAAAGGGUUGAGACAAGGGUUGGUUGCAGAGCCAUGAUUUUAGUUAGAAAAGUAAGUUCGGGUAAAUGGACAGUUACAAAAUUUGUAAAGGAGCAUACUCAUCCUCUAACUCCCGGUAAAGGCCGAAGGGAUCUCAUUUAUGAUCAAUACCCCAAUGAGCACGAUAAAAUCCGGGAACUAUCGCAACAGCUGGCAAUUGAAAAAAAGAAGGUUGCGACAUACAAAAGGCAUUUGGAAAUGAUAUUCGAACACAUUGAGGAACACAAUCAAUCACUUGGAAAGAAGAUCCAAAACAUUAUGAACAGCGUCAGAGAGAUGGAAACGAAAGAUCAACUAGAUCCUAGAUUCUGUUGAUAAAAUCAUGUUGUGCCGACAAUAGAAGGAAAAAAAACCAGUAUGAAGAUUUCUGUUGGAUGGAGAAAGUUUCUAGAACUAUAGUUGAUUAAGGUUUUUUCAAACUUUUAUCCCCAACUUAGGUCUGGAUUGAUAUGAACUAGUUUACAUUGCCUUUUUUAGUCCUCUGUACAUUUGUUGUAGGAAUAGUGGGCUCAGAGUGUGUAUUGUGUGCACUAUCAAUUGAAUAUGAAUUGAGAGGGUUUACAUGUCUCAGGAAUUCAAAAUUUUGAUAAGAGUUAUGAAUUACUUUACAGGGAAAA